UAGAAUGAUUCAUAAUUUUUAUGUUUACAGCCAUGAGCUACCCUGGAUACCCCCCUCAGGCAGGCGGCUACCCCCCUCAGGCAGGCGGAUACCCCCCUCAACAGCCUGGUGCCUAUCCACCUCAGCCUGGAGCUUACCCUCCUCAAGCAGGAGGCUUCGCACAGCAGCCCAGUGGCUACCCCCCUCAACCUGGUGGCUAUCCUCCACAAGCUGGGGGCUAUCCUCCACAAGCUGGGGGCUAUCCACCACAGGCAGGGGGCUAUCCACCACAGGCAGGAGGCUAUCCACCACAGGCAGGGGGCUACCCGCCACAGGCUGGGGGCUACCCGCAGGCACUACCACCAGGCGGCUGGGGAGGUGGCCCUGCUGGUGGAUAUCCCUCAAUUGGUAUGGACAAUUUAUCUAACCCUGGAUACAAUGCUGGCAUGGCCAACCAGACCUCUGCAGGGAUGGGGGGUUAUCCCCCAAACCCAUCCAUGUUCACCCAAACCCCUGGGGGGUACCAAUCCUCCCCUCAGCCUAGCGGGUAUGGUGCCCCCUUCCCUAACCAACAGUCAUUUGGCCUGUACCCACAGCCAGGAGGGCCCAUGCCUCAACACCAAGGCCCAGGGAUGGGAUACCCAGGUCAGCCUGGGCAGCCAAUGUCCGGAUACCCACAGGGACCAUCACCCAAUCCGCCCAUGGCUGGUUAUGGAGCGGCACCAGCUCCCAUGCCAGCAUACCCAAAAGUCCCUUCACCAAAUCCAUCCAUGCCAGCCUAUGGAGGAGGAGGAGCCAUGCCAAUUGCUCCAGCCAUCAAUAGAGGAUUCAGGGGAACGAUCAAGGACUUUCCUGGAGCUGAUCAACUCAAAGACGUAGAGGUUCUGCGGAAGGCCAUGAAGGGCUUUGGAACUGAUGAGCAAGCCAUCAUCGAUUUACUGGGGAGUCGCUCCAACAGGCAGCGUGUGCCUUUGCUGCGCGCCUACAAAACCUCCUAUGGAAAGGAUCUGAUUAAGGACCUGCAUUCAGAACUGUCUGGAGACUUCAGGAACCUCGUGAUGACCACAUUGAAGACUCCAUCUGAGUUGGAUGCCUACGAGCUCCACAGUGCCAUAAAGGGAGCCGGAACUGAUGAAGCCUGCCUGAUAGAGAUCCUGUCCUCCCGCUCCAACGCGGAAAUCCAUGAGAUAAACCGUAUUUACAAACAAGAAUACAAGAAGAAACUGGAGGAUGCCAUUACUGGAGAUACCUCAGGACACUUCCGCAGGCUCCUGGUCUCUCUUGCACAGGGCAAUCGUGACGAACGAGAACAUGUUGACAUCUCUGUGGCUAAACAAGAUGCUCAGAGCCUGUACGCUGCUGGAGAGAACAAGCUGGGAACAGAUGAGUCCAAAUUCAAUGCAAUCUUGUGUGCAAGGAGCAAAUCCCACCUCAGAGCAGUGUUCCUUGAGUACCAGCGCAUGUGUGGCAGAGAUAUCGAGAAGAGCAUCAACAGGGAGAUGUCAGGAGACCUUGAGAGUGGCAUGUUGGCAGUCGUGAAGUGUAUUAAGAACACACCUGCCUACUUUGCUGAGAGACUCUACAAGGCCAUGAAGGGAGCUGGAACCAAAGACAGAACUCUGAUCCGUAUCAUGGUCACCCGUUCUGAAGUUGACAUGCUGGAUAUCCGCCAGGAAUAUGUCAAAAACUACGGCAAGUCGCUGUACACACACAUCUCUGGAGACACAUCAGGAGAUUACAAGAAGCUCCUACUGAAGUUCUGCGGGGGCAGUGACUGAAAAGGGAAUGGUGUCUACUACAAUAUAGAAAUGUUCUAUAUAUAUAUAUCCAUUUUUUGCUUAUCUCUAUGCACUAUACACAAACUGCAAACCUGCAUGCCAUGCCAGUUCUAUCAAUGCAAUGUUUACCUUGUUUUAAGAAUAUCUCUAUUGCUACAUUUUGAUUCUUUUCUAUAUACAAAUGCACUCAAAGUUUUAUAUUUUCAUAUUUGAUUUUGUUUGAUAUUCAUCGCCAUGCCAUACUAUCGAUGUGCAACAGAUGACAUGCAUUUUAAGAGCUAUAUAAUUUUAAGAUAUUUUAUUUUAAUUGUGCCAAUACAAAGAGAUCUCUGAUGUCGGGAACUUUUUACCAGCUCAUCUCUAAUGUUCAGUGUAUCUGAAUAAUGUAUGAGACAGAAUACAUAGCAGCUAAGUACCAAAGUUGUCUGUUAAUGUUUUCAAUCGUUUACUCUCUUCUUUAUUUUGUGCAGCACGUGAACCAGAUGCAUUAUUUUGUAUACCUGCCAUUGUAGUCUGUAACACUCAAGCAUCACAUUUCAUUAUUUGUUGGUGACUUUAUCUUCAUGAGUCUCAGAAAAUAAAUGUUGAAAAUGCA